CCUCCUCAACCAUCACCUAGCUACGCAAAACCCACCCAGCCGUCAUGUGCCCAACACACAUCGAGCACAAUAUGACCACUCAACUCGACGCCGCCUCGAUCGCCCGUGUCUCCCUACACGAUCCCGCCCACUUCAGCAUCCAGUACUCCCAAACCCUUCAUCGCCUGGUGCUCCUGCAACACUGGAACAUCCCCACUGGCUCGAAGGUGCUGGAACUAGGAUGCGGGCAGGGAGACUGUACGACUGUCCUUGCCUCUGCUGUGGGCGAGCAGGGGAGGGUGGUGGCGGUCGAUCCGGCGGAACUGGAUUAUGGUGCCCCGUAUACUCUCGGCCAAGCACAGGAUCAUAUCUCGCACGGCCCGCUGGGUAGCCGGGUUACUUGGGUCCAACAAUCCCCCCUGGACUACCUCUCCUCCCUCCUCUCCCCCUCUGCCACCUCCUCGCCGCCCGCCAGCGAAAGCAAGGCAUUUGACGCAACAGUGCUCGCCCACUGCCUAUGGUACUUCCCCUCCCCCUCGCUCAUCCUUUCCACCUUCCGCGCCCUCAAGCAGCACAGCAAGCGUCUCCUCCUUGCUGAGUGGUCGUUGGUAGCGACGCACCCCUCUGCCCAGCCUCACGUAUUAGCUGCGCUCACCCAGGCAGCGCUGGAGUGCCGUAAACCCAACAGCGUCUCCAACGUCCGCACGGUGCUGGGGCCAAAGCGGAUCACCGAGCUGGCCCUGGCUGCCGGGUGGCAGCUGGAGAGUGAGACCCGCGUGCAAGGUGGGGAGGGGUUGUUGGACGGACAAUGGGAAGUCUCUGCUUGUCUUUCUUCCUCUUUAGAAAGGGAAGUAGAGGAGCUAGUGAGUGAUGAGAGAGAACGGGGGGUGAUCCUUGCGUCACGGGACGCGUGUGAGGCGAGCUUGGAGGGUGUGCAGGGGGGUCGGAAAGGCGUUAGGGCGAUGGAUGUUUGGGCUGCUAGUUUCAUCUGAUCUCUGACUCUGCUCUACUAUAACCUCGUGCUGUACUCUACUAUCUCUGCGUAUCCUUGGUGAUCAUGGGUUGGCUUGCCACAUGUUGAUCAGUACUUGGUUCGUACCAUUCACCGUUAAGACGCCGACAGCGACAACGGCAUUUAUCU